AUGAGCUCGUCUCCGGCCAACCAGCUAUGGGAUCCUAGCCGCGGGAUUCGAUUCACCGCCAGGCAAGAUGUCGUGGUCUACCCUGACCUCAGCACUUACCGAUUCUACAGCACGGAAAUAUCUGGUGAGGGGAGGUUUUCUAACGCUGCCACCGAUGCUACCGAUGCACCUGAUGAGCCCCGUGAGCCGUCUCCUGCAUUCAACUCCUCUGACAUUCCAGCUACACACGACGUGAGCUCCUUUGAUUCCGAGACUGAGACGGUUGGCAGUGAGGGGGCCGAAGUGGAGCCUCCCGUCACAUCGCUAGAUUACAACAUUUCUACAAAGUUGUUUAAGGAUGCAAAGGCAGCGAAAGAGGGCACCCCUGGGUCGUUUUGGUCGUAUACGAUGUACCGUGGCCCCCUCGUGGACGGUAUUGAGAAGAGAGUCAAGGUUCACUAUUGCAAGACCAAGUUCACGACUGAAAGAGCAUGCCAGUAUUUCCUUGAUGAGAAGGUCAUAGGCUUUGAUAUUGAGUGGGAAGCGCACGCUACAGCUGAUCAAGGCCCUCGAUCGAAUGUGUCGCUCAUACAAAUUGCGAGCCCGAGCCGCAUCGGCCUCUUCCACAUCUCUCAGUUCCCUGUCCGAGACGCUAUGGUUGCGCCGUCCUUCAAGAAACUCAUGGAAGAUCCCGGGAUUACCAAGGUCGGUGUAGCCAUUAGCAACGACGCUACACGUCUGUCGAAAUUCCUCAAAAUAGACUGCAAGGGCCUCUUUGAGCUCAGUCACCUCUAUCGGCUCGUCAAGUACAGCCGUCUGGGGAUGCCCCGCAUGGUAAACAAGAAACUUGUCCCCCUAGCUAAGCAGACGGAAGAAUGUCUUGGACUGCCACUAUUCAAAGGCCAGGAUGUCCGAUCUAGCAAAUGGUCGAAGCCACUGAAUAUGGCCCAAAUAAUAUACUCUGCAUCAGACGCCUACGUUGGCCUACAGCUCUACUAUGUUCUCGAAAAGGAGAGGGAGUCCCUUGAUCCAUGUCCCCCGCGCCCGUUCCAUGCCGAACUUAAGCUGCCUAUUCGGCUGAGUUACAAUGUAACGGUAGCCAACACUGAUGGAGCACCCGACGCAGAUGCCGGCGACGCAGCUGCCCUGGGAGAGGAAUCAACAAUCCUGACGGAGACUGGAGAGGCUGAUGCAGCGCCCGAGGCUGCGGUGGAUAAUAACCCAAAUGCCUGCACGUCUCCGCCCAGCGACCGCGUAAGGGACAAACGCCCUGCGAAGAAACCCAGGGUGUCCAAGCGCGUUUCUUCCAGCGAUGACCGCAUUGUCGCAGCUGAGACCUGGGUUAGGCAGUACUGUGCUGAGAGGACCAAAGUUAAUGCUCGCCCUGCCCAACUCCGAGCGUAUUAUGUCUGGCGUGAAGAUAAUAGCUUGGAUCCCCAGGCCGUUGCUAAGUUACUUCGAGAUCCGCCUUUGCAAACUUCUACAGUUGUCAACUACAUCCUGAUGGCAAUCAAGCUCGAGGGCCUGGCCUAUGAUAAAGACAGGCUUAGAAACGAGGUUCUGAGCCAUGUUCCUCAAUCACUAUACAAGGAUUUGCACCAGGCCACUCGAGAUGGGGAACCAAGUCAGAUUUCCAGGGACAAUAGCACUGUGGAAAUAAAGGCUACUGGAGGAGGAAAGCCUGUCUGGUUAUGCCUAGCCGACUACGCGUACCAAAUCCGGAAACCGAGACAAGUCCUCGCACAUGUCAAGAAGCGAUCUGACUCGUAUCAACAGCAAUUCACCCUAGAUAAACAAGGCCCAAGGCAAGGCGAGGACCCGGUUCCGGAUCCAGAUCCCGUGCCGCCCACCGUCUCAUUGAUAACCGCCCCAGAGCCCACUACAACCACGUCUACUGAGCCAGUUGUGUCGCACCAAUCCACUCCUAGGCCGAACUAUCUAGCACACAGUCGUUCGCUCAGCAGGGACACCCUAGCUGCCAUCACUAGGGCUGCCCUCUUAUCUACAACAUCAUCACCUAACCCACCUCCUGACCCUGGAGAUAAUGCGGCCGAAAGCGAGCAGGCUUCAGCUCAGGAAAUUGAACGAAGCGGCACCCCUGCAUCGGAGAUUUUGAGCUACGAGGAGUUCCCUUCCUUCGAGAGUUACGCCACCCGCUCGACCUUUAGUCUUACGCGCUCCCUUUCCCUCAGUCGUGCGGGCCGUGCGACAAAGCCAGCCAACGGUACGUCUCCGCCGAAAGGUGAGCGGAAGCCUGGUCUGUUUGAGACAUGGCUCGGUAGCCCCAAGCGCACUUCCAGAGCCGCCGCCUCACCGAGCCAGACUCCCGCGCAGGCCAAGGCCGACAGAGAUGCGUGGAUCGGAGAGACUCUGUCCAAGACGCAGAUUUGCCUCUGGGCGGGUCCUUGGCGUUGCCGACCCUCGGGCGAGUUCGUCUGCCCCUGUGGAGAGCACAAGAUGGACGGUGACAGCGAGUGGAUCCGCGUGAUUGAGGAGGAGAGGACUGGUGGCCGAUCGCGAGUUGGAGUCUUGCGCAAGGAUCUUGCGUGA